AUGAUCAAGAGCAGACAUACCUCGUUCAUUAAUGUCAAGACAGUCGUCUCCGCAUGGGGCCUGUUCCUUGGGUUCCUGUCCCUGCUUGUCAUUGCCGCUUUCAAAGCCCACUACACGCUUCCAACACCUGUGUUUGAGGGCACAGAUCCCGUCUCAGGAAAUCAUCGAUUCUCGGAGGAAAACGUUCGUCGAAUCGUCAGGUUCAUGACCCAGAAUAUUGGGUACCGCGUCGUGGGUACGGGGCAAGAGUUCGAGACCAAGACUUAUCUGAUCAAAGAACUCUCGGACCUACAGGAAAAAGCAAAGCUGGUUGAUCUGAAGCAUAACUUGGGCUUACCAAACUUUGACCUCUGGGUCCAAGUUGGGGAAGGAUCUCAUCGGUUUGAUUUUAUGUCCAAAGUCGUCAUGAAGAUGUACACAAAUAUGACCAACAUCAUCGUUCGACUGUCCUGCGGACCUGAGUGCGAUCAAAAUGCAAUCUUGUUGAACGCACACUACGAUACAACGCUAGGUAGCCCUGGCGCAGCUGACGAUGCCCUAGGCUGUGGAGUUAUGGUGGAGAUCAUUCGCAUUAUGUCGCUUCGACCUGCCCCCAAGAAGAACAGCGUUAUCUUCCUGUUUAAUGGAGGGGAGGAGUCCCUGCAGGAUGCAUCCCAUUCAUUUAUCACAAGACACGAACUCAGGGGAUCGGUCAGAGCUGUAGUCAACCUUGAGGCUUGCGGCACAAGUGGCCCCGAAGUUCUUUUCCAGGCAAACUCGCACGCGAUGAUUGAUGCCUAUAAAACUGUGCCGUACCCGCAUGGCACGGUCCUUGCGAACGACCUGUUUGCUACGGGACUCAUUCUUUCCGACACGGACUUUCGCCAGUUUGUCGACCAUGGCAACCUGACCGGGCUGGAUAUGGCUGUUUACAAAAAUAGCUAUCUCUACCAUACACAUCUUGACCUCGAUGAGUUCAUGGAGAAGGGUCUGCCGCAGCACAUGGGUGAAAAUACGCUGGCUCUCGUAACCUAUUUAACAGGGAGAGCCGAUCUGGUGAACAUUAAGAGAACAUCCAGUGUCGUGUUUUUUGACGUCUUUGGUCAGUUUUUCAUCUCCUACUCCUGGGCAACGGCUAUCCGCUCUCAUAUUAUCGUGGCUGGCAUGGUUUUCCUUACGAUCGCAACAAAGUCUUCGCGUCCAUCCAUCCGUGGCACGCUUUCCAUCGGCCUAUCUUUUUUCGCUGCCCUUCUAACGCCUAAUCUGUCGGUAGUGAUACUUCAAGCCUUGGGGUCGCCAAUGCUGUGGUUCUCCCACGAAUGGCUCUCUAUUCUGCUAUUUGGACCUAUCUCUCUGGCGGGCAUGUUUGGGGUCCAGUACGUUUUCCAUCGCAACAGCGCUAGCGCAGGAGCCAACGAGAUCUGCACCCUUUCUAGCCUGCAAGUGUUCUUCACGAUCGCCCUCGGUGUCACCUCGUUCGUCGGUCUCGCGAGCAGCUAUGUUUUCGCGUUACUGACUCUCAGUGUCACAACUGCAUUGAUGGUCAAUCGACGGACCACUGCCCGUAUGCAACGGCAAGGCCUGGAAGCGACGUGCGUUGAUUUUACAACCUAUUUGAUUGUCUCUGCUCUUCCGACGUCCUAUUUUACAUUCAUUUGCUUUAGUCUGUUCGACAUGUUCAUCCCACUCACAGGACGUAUCGGUGUCGAUGCACCCGUCGAUCACAUCGUCGCUAUCAUGUCGGGCUUUGUUACAUUCGUAUUCUGCCCCCCUCUUCUGGCAUUUUCGCAUCGCUUUGGGAAAGCCGUCCUGAGACGAAUAGUCUUGGGACUCGUUGUGCUGCACUUGAUCCUGGCAGUGAUUUCCUCGGCAGUCAUGUUUCCAUACGACGAGUUUCAUCCAAAGAGAGUGUUUGUGCAACACCUCCGGAAUAUGACCUCUGGUGAAUCGCUCCUCUACGUGGCGCACGCGGAUCCCGGACCCUUUUAUGAGCCAUAUGUCACAGAGAUCGAAACCAUGUUUGAGAGCACAGCCAAAUUUCGAGAUGCGGCCAACCAUCCUAGCGACUGGAAUGCUAUCUAUCCUUUCAACCAAUUUCUUGAAUCAUAUGUGCUCGAUACCACGCCCUACAUCCGCAGACAUACCAUCAACCGUACCAUUGCUGAAUCGACCACACCAUUGACAAGUCUUAUCUCAGGCGCGCCGAAACUGAUUGCUGAAAAUGUCUCGUACGACCCACAGACGGGCUUGAGGCGGUUGACGGUGCUCUGCACGCACCCAGACUACAUCUGGACGGUAGCCAGCUUCGACGCGUACCUCACAUCGUGGUCAAUGGAGUCCUCGCAACCGUUCCCGUAUCGUACACACUACGUGAUCCGGCACGUAGGAGGACAUGUGAGUGAUGGGUGGAGAGUUGAUCUAGAACACUAUGCGACAGGACCAGACGACCGACUGCGAAUCGAAUUGACAGCGAUGGAGACACAAGGCUUUGGACAGGAUACCGAGAGGGAGUUGGAGGGCAGUGGUGAAAUAGGGGUGAUACGGCGGAUUGUCAAAUCGCGGCCGGUGUGGACGACAUUGACAUAUUUUUCGAUAGUGGCAGACACGUUUGAGCUGUAG